ACAGCCGACAGCCCUAUUGGACAACUGUUAAAAUUCAUAUUAUGGCAAGAACCAAUCAGCUAACUAAAGAAAAACGAGUGGCCAUCAUUACUUUAAGAAAUGAAGGUCAGUCAGUCUGGAAAAUUGCAAAAACUUUAAAUGGGUCCCCAAGUGGAGUCGCAAAAACCAUCAAGCGCUACAACGAAACUGGCACACAUGAGGACCGACCCAGGAAAGGAAGACCAAGAGUCACCUCUGCUUCUGAGGAUAAGUUCAUCCGAGUCACCAGCCUCAGAAAUCACAAGUUAACAGCAGCUCAGAUCAGAGACCAGAUGAAUGCCACACAGAGUUCUAGCAGCAGACCCAUCUCUAGAACAACUGUUAAGAGGAGACUGCGCGAAUCAGGCCUUCAUGGUCAAAUAGCUGCUAGGAAACCACUGCUAAGGAGAGGCAACAAAAAAGGUGAACGGAUGGAUUCCACAUGCCUGGUUCCCACUGUGAAGCAUGGAGGAGGAGGUGUGAUGGUGUGGGGGUGUUUUGCUGGUGACACUGUUGGGGAUUUAUUCAAAAUUGAAGGCACACUGAACCAGCAUGGCUACCACAGCAUCCUGCAGCGACAUGCCAUCCCAUCCGGUUUGCGUUUAGUUGGACGAUCAUUUAUUUUUCAACAGGACAAUGACCCCAAACACACCUCCAGGCUGUGUAAGGGCUAUUUGACCAAGAAGGAGAGUGAUGGAUUGCUGCUGCAGAUGACCUGGCCUCCACAGUCACCGGACCUGAACCCAAUCAAGAUGGUUUGGGGUGAGCUGGACCGCAGAGUGAAGGCAAAGGGGCCAACAAGUGAUAAACACCUCUGGGAACUCCUUCAAGACUGUUGGAAAACCAUGUCAGGUGACUACCUCUUGAAGCUCAUCGAGAGAAUGCCAAGAGUGUGCAAAGCAAUGAGGUGCAUGGUAGAGGUUCUGGGUCAGCCGGAAGACCAUCAGCUCCAUGCUGGCAGGUACACUUGUUUCUUUUUUACCGAGGAGGAGGCUGCUGGCGGUCCAAAAUGGAGACUUCUGACUCCUGAGGAGUACACAGCUGUGAGUGGAUAUACAGCUGAAGAUCGUCACAGCUGCAUUGAUCUGCUGAGCUCUCUGGAUGCUCUGGUGAAUUUUUAUCCAGAUGAGGGCCCUGCAGAAACUGAGGAUAGGAGGGCUUUUGUGGACCUCAUUAAAGGUCUGCCGCACCUUGAUGGGUCCCAAAGAAUCACGCCCCAUCAAGCUCUGCAGCAUCAAUUUUUCAAAAAGGCCCACCUGAACCAGCACCCAGACUAG